ACCACCAGCGCACCCUGCACAGUCGCUUACCGGUUAAGAUGGAGGAGAUUUCGUUGGCCAACCUGGAUACUAGCAAGCUGGAGGCCAUCGCCCAGGAGAUCUAUGUAGACCUGAUAGAGGAUUCCUGCCUGGGAUUCUGCUUUGAGGUGCACCGGGCAGUCAAGUGUGGCUACUUCUACCUGGAGUUUGCAGACACUGGUAGCGUGAAGGAUUUUGGCAUUCAGCCAGUGGAAGACAAAGGAGCGCGCCGCCUCCCGCUUUGCCUUCCUGGAGAAUCUGACAGUGGGCCCCAGACGGAGCUGCAGCGUUCACCUCCAGAAUUCCAGUAGUCACAACAUGAGAGAGGGCGACAGUGACCAGGACAAUAGUAUAGACUGGUCCCAUGGCUUUGGAGGAGUAAGCUAAGUUGGAGAGAGAGAGAGAGAGAGAAAAAAAAAGGAAAAAGAAAAAAAAAUCUCAAACAAAAGUCCCGUUUCCCCUUAAAGAUCUUAGUAUUAACAAAAACACCAAAAGAGGAGAAUUGAGGAAUUCGGAUCCAUUUGACAGGGUAUCCAGUGCCAGCUGACUCUGAAAUACUGGACAGAGAAAGCCCACAGGCAUCAUGCUGUUUUUUUGAGCUCUGUAAAUACAUCUGGAUAUACAAGAUCCCUGUACUGCCCUCAGUACACACGUGAGCAGCUGAGAACCCAGCAUAUAAAAUUCUUUUGUUUCUCAGAUUUUGCAUCUGCUUGAUGUCAAGGGCUUCCUGCAAAGUUUGGAUGCUGUUGAUGGCCAGGCCACAAUCAGCUACAGUGGACUGCUCCUCUGAUAUCUGAGCCUACAAUUGGGUCUCUGAUACAAAUAAAAGUCAGGUACGAGACUCGGAUACUAAAAAUAUGAAUUCCCGUUUGAAUUUGGUAGGGAGCCCUUGUGACCUUGUCUACAAGAAGUUCAGAAUCACCUGUUUUUCCAAAGGUCCAGCAUUUUCAGUGAUUUCAACUGAUGUGGGGACAAGGCCUUGCCUUUGGCUCAUCAAAGCCCCCUCUUUCCAUCCCACCUAGUGGCAAAGGUUUGGCAGAGGACAAGGUGGUUUACAAACAGCUGAAGAUUUUGUUUUGAUGCUGUGAGGAUGAAGUAUACCUUCGCAAACCAUCUCCACCUGAAGUUUCAUGUCUUGAAUUAUAAACUGUGGACCUAAGUUUGGUGGGACAGUCUUUUCCUACUUUUGCAUUAUGGGUGAUGUAACCAGCCCAUGGGUCUGACUUGAUUAUUAUGCCAGGUCAUUAUCCUCGAGCAUUACCACUGAACUGUAGAAGGGUGUCAUGGCCAAGGAGGAGGCUGUUUGAAAAUUGAGCCAGGAGGGAACUUUUUCCGUCUGCUGUCAGUAAUGUGAAUGAGUUUAAUGCUAAAAGCCCUGCACAGGCCUGCCUGCUAUGGUUUCAGAAUCCCGUCCUUAAAUUGGGCAGUCAGACCUCUGCUAUGGUGAAUAAGACUGUCACCAUCUUCUCUGCCCUCAACAAGUGGCAGUAUAUCCCUUUGUCCUUCUUGAUAUCUGGGGUUGCCUUCUUUUCGGUGGAAGUUGGGGGAAAGACCUUCAAGAUUUCCUGACUUUGGAGGCUGGGUUAGAAACGGAUGGGAAGUCAGUGGUGUAUCAAAACUGUCCUCUGUUUUAUCCCUAAGUGGGGGUUUAUGGAGGGUAGGAGGGUGGGAGUCCUGAGAUGAGCAGAAUAGAAAGGUGCUGCUUUAUUUGAAAUGUUUUCUUACCUCAUUCUGUGCCCCAGUAAAGGGUCCAGCCUCAUCUGUCUGGCUUGGCCAUGUUCCUGUCCCCUGCUCCACUGCCUAUCUGGUGCAGCUCAUGAUUCCAGGUGCUGCUUGCCACUCUAGCUUUUAUUUUGACCAGUUUCAAUUCAUCUUCCAGUGCUCUUGCCUCUGAAGCCUACAGAAAUUUCCUUUUUCCAUUUGUUUGGUUGUUGCUGUUCUCUUAAGAGUUUAAGUUUUUAUGUUGUUGGUUUUCUUUUACCUGUUUUUGAAAGACUUGGAAGAGAAUCAUCCCAUGGCUCCCUCUGUUUGGAUUGGGAAGGGAAAAUAAUCUUUUCAUUUACAAGGCAGGGUCGUGUCUGUUUCUCUUAUAUAAGACUGCCUUGCUAAUAUAUUCCCCUGUUUUGUCAUGAGUUGCAUCAGUUCUUCCCAUUGCUCUUGGAUACUGCCUCUUAGGACUUACUGGAGAACCAUGAAUGCUGGUAUACACAAGGAUAGAGUUGGUUCUGCUCCACUUUUCUAACCCUAUUGUGUAUGACUUCACAAGAGCUUGUUGAACUUUAUGGACUGAUUUGGAUUACUGUACUCAAGAGUUGAGAAAACCAUAGUAAUUGGGCCUUGAGACUAUUAUUGCCUUCUCAGAGUUUUACAGCUCAGGGUUGGGGCCUAGUUACAGUUUGAUGGAUCCUCAGUCCAAGAAUUUUGAGAACUUAAAAAGAAUGAAACCUUGGCAGGAGCUAAAAAUACUUUUAAAAGAUUCCAUGCUAUAUGAGUUCUUUAAAACCUUCAGUGAAUUUUGGAAGAAGCAUUCUGAGACUCUUGCCUAUUUAAAGAACUUGGGAAACAUGAUGUAAAAGAGGAAGGCCAUGGCCCGCCCACUCUUGCCUUCUGAUAGGGAGCUCAAAUGUGACUUUAGUAUUUCUUUUUGGCCUUUUCUGGUUAGAACACAGAGAUUUGGGUGGUAGUUUGGGGAAAUGAUUUGCUCAUGUUAUUUCCCUUUUUUGUUACUUUUUUUGUUUUCUGUCUUUUUCAUUUCCAUUAGGGCCAUAGCUCCCCACUCUGUGUAGAUAUAAUGUGGGCUCAGUCCAGCUCUGAGGGAACAAACUACUUUUUGGGGAGCUAAUGCUCUCUACCAAUAGUUGACAGUGGUUAGGAACUCUCCCUUCCCCUACCUUUCCUGUAUCAACAGAAUUCUAUCCUUCUUCAAUUAAUUGUAUUGACCACCCUGUAAUCCUAUUAUGUAUCUGAGUGUGUGUGUGUGUAUGGGAAAAAGGGGUUCUUUAAAUUUUCUGUGGUUUGUGGUUUUUCUUCCAUAAAUUAGUUCCCACCACCGCAUGCCCAGGGGCCACUGCCUGGCAUUAUCGCAUGCUGGGAUCAUUGGGGGAGGGUAGUGUGAAAUUCAACACUUUCCUUUGUUUUGGAGAUUCUUAUUUUUUAAUAAGUAAUCCAUCCUAUACAAAUAGCUAAUUAACUCUGUUCCCCCUGCCCAUAUGGCUGCUGGUGUAAAUAAAUUGCAUUUUCCCAUUGCUAAAUAGUAAUAAUAAAAUUUAAAAAAAAUAUA